AUGAACUGUAAUGAUGCUCAAAAGGUUUCUUGUGCGAAAUUUAUGUUGACUGAUGAUGCUGGACAUUUGUGGGAGUCCGAAACACGUACUAGAACUACAGAACAACAACGUAACCUCACUUGGAACCAGUUCAAGGAGUCACUGAUGGGUAAAUAUUUUCCCCAGUCACUGAAAGAUCAAAAGGAGGUAGAAUUUCUCCAGCUCACGCAAGGAAAUUUGCCACUUGGGGAGUAUGAAAGAAAAUUUGAACGACUUUCUAGGUAUGCACCGCAUAUGGUGAACACUGAGCUGACAAAGGCUAAAAGGUUUGAGAUGGGGUUAAGGCCAGAGAUCAAGGGAAUCAUGGCAGCCCAGCAGUAUACUACUUAUGCAGAGGUUGUACGUCGAGCACAAGCAAUCUCUAAUGGUUUAGGACUGGAAAAGAAAACCCAACCCAGCAUCGAGUCGUCUAUAAAGAGAAAGUGGCAAGGUCAUGAUAAGGAGAAAGGUAGGAACCAGAACAAGAAAGGAAAGAUUAG